CCAUCCCCUGCCCUGAGGCUCCUGUGAUGUUAAUAAGAUGGAGACCCCUCUGCGGGACACAUGAUGCUCAUUGUGGAUUCAUAAUCCUAAGCUGUAAGCAAGCUGCCAUCCUCCUAUAUAAGAUGACUGAGCGUCCAAACACCACAACCAGCCGGCGAGACCAGAUCAGUGGAAGAGGUACACAUUGUAGAUACCAUGGUCUCUCUCUACUCUGCCCUGUAUACUCUGGUGCUGUUCUCAGAGCUGAGCAGCCUCACUGUGGCGAUGCCUUCAACGAAAGCAGAAGACAACGUCACAGAGCAAGACGACAUCGGUUUCUUACUGAGGGACGAGCCGAUGUCUGAGCGCGCCGUGGUUUCACCUUUGUACAGACGGAGUGUGCUGGAUAACAACGCGAAGGAUGAGGAUGGAAGUCCAAAAAUCAUCUUCAUCUCAGACAUGAAGCUGAGAGGGCACAGUAUCCGAGGGAUGAACCCGACGUUCACCCGGAGCCUUCCUGCGCUCUCAGACCAAAACAUGAACCACGAUCCGGCUGAGCAAAGUUUGAAGAUUUACCGAAGAAACACCGAUCUGGACAUUCUUCGCUGUAUGAUCGGCAGAGUGUACCGACCCUGCUGGGAAGUCUAAACGUCCUCCCACCCCGUGCCGUCACCCUCCUUCGCAUGUUCUGUAAAAAUUACUCCCUUGUAUGUUUCCCUUAAUUGCAUUUCCUUGUAAAAUAAAAAAACGU